CCCUGUCCUUCGAAACGAGUAGGGUUUUGGAGAGCGGAGAGAAAGUUUGAUCGCUCCGCGACCCAAAGGUUGAACAAUGGCUUUUACCAAUAGAAUUGGUAAUUUGUUGAAGAAAUCAAUAACUUCCGGAUCAUCACUUUUUCAAGCAACAAGAUGCAUGUCUUCCUCAAAAGUUUUUGUUGGAGGACUUUCAUAUGGAACUGAUGAUCAAAGUCUGAGAGAAGCAUUUACUAGUUAUGGUGAAGUGGUAGAAGCUAGAGUUAUCAUGGAUAGGGAAACUGGGAGGUCCAGGGGGUUUGGAUUUGUUACAUUUACAUCUAAUGAAGAAGCCUCUGCUGCGAUUGGUGGCUUGGAUGGGAAGGAUCUUCAUGGACGGAUGGUAAGAGUUAACUAUGCUUCUGAUAGAACGGGUGGUGGUGGCUAUGGUGGCGGCGGCGGCAGCUAUGGUGGCGGCGGCGGCAGCUAUGGUGGAGGUGGCUAUGGUGGCGGCGGCGGCAGCUAUGGUGGAGGUGGCUAUGGUGGUGGUGGCGGCGGCUAUAGUGGCGGCGGCGGCGGCUUUGGUGGAGGUGGCUAUAGUGGCGGCGGCGGCGGCUUUGGUGGAGGUGGCUAUAGUGGCGGCGGCGGCUAUGGUGGAGGUGGCUACGGUGGUGGUGGUGGUGGUGGUGGUGGUGGUGGAUAUGGAGGUAAUAAUGCUGGAAAUAAUUUAGGUGCUGUUGCAGGUAGUGGUAAUGGCUACGGUAGCAGCAGCAGCAGAAAUUUUGACAGCAGUGUGAGUGGUGGCUUUGAAAGCAAUCAAUACAGCACCAACUUCAGCAACGAUCAAAAAGCGUCCUGGGAUAGUUCCCGUGAUUACGAUGAUGAGGAGCCUAAUGACUAUGCCAAUAAACAAGGCUGAUCAGGCAACAUCGAUUUAUAUUUUUCUAUACCGAACUUCAAUGUCUAAUAAAUAUCAACUUAUUGCCGAUGAUGGGACAUGUUUAUUUCACCUAUUUGUUUAAUAGUUGUCUGUUGGUUUCAAGGUUUAUCCAAAACCAGAUUCUUCCACUCUUUAAUCGUAAAAUACUGAUCGAUUUGUCUCUA